AAUCCAGGCCAGAGACAAUUCUCCUCCUUCCAAAAAUCCCAAGCUGUCUGUCCCCAUCAUUGUUAAUGCCCAUGCUUUCCACCUUUUUCCCUCCUUCCUUCCGUCAUCCCUAUGUUCUUCUCUCCAGUCACUGUCAGAGACAAAGCCAUGGAGCAGCAGGCCAGAGAAGAGCUUGGAAUGCUUGAAUCCCUCUACCCAGAUCGCUUCCAGUAUUUGAAGCUCGAGCUCCAGUCCUUCAUUUCUCAACCUCAUCAUCAUCAUCACCAUCACCAUCACCUCUCCUUCCACUCUUCCAUGGCUGACACUCAAGAAUCGAGCAGCUUGAAUCAGAGGAAGAGGAAGAAGAUGAGUCCUAGUGCUGAUGAAGAUUCUGACCAUUGUUACAGAACUGAGAAUUGCUCUGGCAGGUUUGUGAAGAAGAAGAAGAAGAAUAAAGAUAAGGUGGAUUUAUUGCUGGAGAGAGCAGAGGCCUGUCUGAGGAAAAUACGACAGUUUAAGGCAUCCUUACUAUGUAACUCGUGAAAGUAGCUUAAAUGUUUGUGUGGCGUAUGUAAUGAUGGAAAUGUAAACGUAAAUGCAAGCCCAGGUUUAGCAAGCUGCGAAUCUGCUCUAAUAGGUUGGUUCAGCCUCAGUGAUUCUUGUUUUGGUUGGGGUUGUUCAUCUUCGUUUUGGAAAUUGUAAUGGCACAAGGGGCUUCUCCAGA